GCUUAAUAGUUCCCGCCCCUCCUUUGUGACGACGUCUUGGGAUCGCGCCGGAUGUGACGGUUGUUUAAUCUACCGCAGUUUACCUUUGGCUGUUAGUGCUCGGUACUAACGAGAAGCAGCAAGAUGGGCGUCCCGAAGUUUUACCGCUGGAUCUCGGAGCGGUACCCUUGCCUCAGCGAGGUGGUGAAGGAGCAUCAGAUCCCAGAGUUUGACAAUCUGUAUUUGGAUAUGAACGGCAUUAUCCACCAGUGCUCCCAUCCCAACGAUGACGACGUGCACUUCCGAAUAACAGAAGAUAAGAUAUUUGCAGACAUAUUUCAUUACCUCGAGGUGCUCUUUCGUAUCAUCAAGCCAAGGAAAGUAUUUUUCAUGGCCGUGGAUGGUGUUGCUCCAAGGGCGAAGAUGAACCAGCAGCGAGGGAGGCGCUUCAGAUCCGCAAAAGAAGCCGAAGACAAAAUAAAGAAAGCUUUAGAAAAAGGUGAAGUCUUGCCAACAGAAGCUAGGUUUGACUCGAACUGUAUUACUCCUGGAACUGAGUUUAUGGUGCGCUUGCACGAGCAUUUGAAGUAUUUUGUAAAUAUGAAGAUCUCCGCAGACAAGGCAUGGCAGGGAGUGUCCAUCUACUUAUCUGGUCACGAGACUCCAGGUGAAGGCGAACAUAAAAUUAUGGAGUUCAUUCGAUCUGAAAAAGCAAAGCCAGAUCAUGAUCCAAACACCCGGCACUGCCUGUAUGGGUUAGAUGCUGACUUGAUAAUGCUUGGUUUAACAAGCCAUGAAGUUCACUUCUCUCUUCUAAGAGAAGAGGUCCGCUUUGGUGGAAAGAAGAAUCAAAAAAGAGUUUCUGCGCCCGAAGAAACCACGUUUCACCUUCUUCACUUAUCUUUAAUGAGAGAGUAUAUUGACUAUGAAUUUUCAUCGGUAAAGAACAAGAUUUGCUUUGAAUACGAUAUAGAGCGAAUAAUCGAUGAUUGGAUUUUAAUGGGAUUCCUUGUAGGCAAUGAUUUUAUUCCACAUCUACCUCAUUUGCAUAUUAAUACUGAUGCACUGCCUCUAUUGUACAGAACAUACAUUAGUGUCUUACCAGAUCUCGGAGGUUACAUAAAUGAAAAUGGCUAUUUAAAUCUGGUUCAUUUUGAGAAAUAUCUUAUAAAACUUUCCGCGUUUGACCGCGAGCACUUCAACGACAUCUUUGUCGACUUAAAAUGGUUUGAAAGCAAAGUGGGCAAUAAAUACCUCAAUGAGGCUGCAGGCCAGGCUGCUGAGGAAGACAGAAACAACAAGAAAAAGAAAGCCAAGGUGUCUGAGGAAUCUCUGUGUUUAGUUGCACUGGAGAAAGACGGAGAGGAAAGUGCCAAAUGCUUAGAUGAAGACGCUGAGGAAGAUGACCUAUUUGAGACAGAAUUUAGGCAGUACAAGCGGACAUACUACAUGUCUAAGAUGGGAGUGGAGGUUGUAUCAGAUGAGUUUUUGGCUGAACAGGCUGAAUGUUAUGUGCGGGCAAUCCAGUGGAUUUUGCACUACUAUUAUCACGGAGUCCAGUCCUGGAGCUGGUACUAUCCUUACCAUUAUGCACCGUACCUGUCUGAUAUCUGUAAUAUCAGCCACCUGAAACUGGAAUUUAAUUUGGGGAAACCGUUCAUGCCGUUCGAGCAGCUCCUGGCCGUCCUCCCUGCCGCCAGUAAAGAUCUGCUGCCUAAGGCCUAUCAGAAUUUGAUGACCAGUGCCGACUCCCCUAUAAUAGAUUAUUACCCUCAAGAUUUUAGAACUGACCUUAACGGGAAGCAGCAGGAGUGGGAAGCUGUGGUGCUGAUUCCUUUUAUUGACGAGAAACGGCUGCUGGAAGCUAUGGAAACCUGCAAUAAGUGCCUGACCGACGCCGAGAGGAUCCGAAACCAGCACAGCGAGUGCUUCAUGUACUGGCACGACAGCGACACCGACUUCCAGUACUCUUCGCCUUGGCCUGAAAAGUUUCAGAAUAUCGAGCACUGCCAUGGAAGGUACAAGGCCAUUUCCUUGGAUGCCUGGCACGUGGACAUGGUUAAUAAUAAAAUUACCAAGGUUGAUAAGGGAGCGCUGUAUUUUUGUGGCUUCCCUACUUUGAAGCACAUUAAGCAUAAGUAUUCUCUGAAGAAGUCUGGCGUACAGGUCUUCCAGCAGAGCAGCAGAGGCGAGAACAUGAUCUUGGAGAUCAUAUAUGAUGAAGACAUGCAACAGGAUGUGGAAAGCGUGGCCACUGCUGUGCUUGGAAAAUCCGUUUUUGUGAACUGGCCUCACCUUGAAGAAGCGCGGGUUAUUGCGGUGUCAGAUGGAGAAACAAAAUACUAUUUGGAAGAACCUCACGGGACCCAGACUCUUUACACUGGGGAUUUAGUGCCGCCUGUUAAAGUUGCUUGCGUUGGUGAUAAGGAGCGAAAUAUCUGGGUGAAGGAAGUCCAAGGGAUCUCAGAACACUUCCACAGGCGAAAGGGAGUAGUCAUAAACGAAACUUCAGUGGUGCUUUAUGCUCAGCUGCUCACCGGCCGCCGAUAUAAGUUAACACAAGAAGGGGAGAUUAUUUUUGAGAAACAAUGGUCCAAGCAAGUUCUUCCUUUUGUUUACCAAACCAUCGUCAAGGAUAUCACUACGUUUGAUUCUGGUUCUGCCGUUUUCAAGACGUUGGGUGAGCUGUACUCUCCUGGAAUUUCUGUCUUCAUGUUGGGGGCUCCCUACUAUGGAUGCAUGGGAGAGGUUCAAGAUUCUUCCGACGUUCUCGGUGAGAACAGAAUUCGAGUGCUUUUUACCAUCCCCACUGAGCCUCUGCUGGAUGUCUUGAUACAGAACCAGCAUAAAUUUGCAGUAAAAUAUAACCCUGGCUAUGUUCUGGCUAGUCGCCUUGGCAUAAAUGGAUACCUUGUUUCGAGAUUCACAGGAAGUAUCUUCAUCGGCAGGGGAUCCAAACGAAACCCCCAUGGAGAACAAAAGGCAAACGUGGGCCUGAAUCUAAAGUUCAAUAAGAAAAACGAGGAAGUUCCUGGUUACACCAAAAGAGUUGGAACUGAAUGGAUGUAUUCAUCUGCUGUUGAACAGCUACUUGGUGAAUGCAUAGAAAGGUACCCUGAGCUAUUUACGUACAUCUCUAAAAACAGCCAGGAUGAUGUGUUCUAUGAAGAUGACAUCUGGCCAGGAGAGGAUGAAAAUGGGGCUGAGAAAGUCCAGGAAAUCGUUUCUUGGUUGAAGGCUCAUCCAGUCAGCCUGCUGUCCCGAUCAUCCUGUGACCUGCAGAUCUUGGAUUCUGCCAUAGUUGAAAAGAUCGAAGAAGAGGUUGCAAAGUGCAAGUCCAAGAAGAGCAGUAAGAAAGUGCGAGUCACUGUGAAACCUCACUUGCUGUUCAGGCCCCUGGAGCAGCAGCAAGGCGUGGCCCCCGACCGCGAUGCGGAAUUCCGCCUGUUUGAUCGCGUGGUCAACGUGCGCGAGAGCUUCUCUGUUCCACUGGGUCUCCGAGGCACUGUUAUAGGAAUAAAAGGAGCCGAGCGGGAUGCUGACGUGUUGCUGGAGGUACUGUUUGACGAGGAAUUCCUUGGGGGACUAACAAUAAGGUGUUCCCCAUCUAGGGGUUAUCGCUUGCCAACAAGUGCCUUAAUCAACAUCACUCACGGUUACCGUAUAGAAAGUGGGGGGCAGAAGCUGACGGCGAUAGUUAAGCCGCAGCCAGCGAUUAAUCACCAUGCCCAUUACUCCCCCGAAAUAACCGCAGGAGUGUCUCAAAAAGGCCACCUGGGAGCCCUCAACCACUCUCCACGCUCCCUGUUUAUUCCCACAAGGCAGCAAAACGGAAAACAACACUUUCAGGGAAAUGCCAGCUCGCCGCAUAAAGGCUUUGCUUCUCCUGGAAAUCAGAAACAAAAGAAUAAACAAGAAGAUGAGUUCUGCAAUGUGUGGCAAUCGCUACAAGCAACUGGGAAGUCCCCACAUAACAAGGGUGCAAAUCUACCUCAGGAAAACAAAUUUGGACAAGCAAAUCAAUAUCACAAGUCGGGCUAUGCAGAGAACACUUCCAAGUGCCAGCAAAGGAAGCAGGAGUCUGGAAGAAAAGCCUUCGGGACAAAAACCGAGAGCCAACAGCAAGAGACGCUAAAGAAGCAGAAUCCCUCUGAGCCUAUUAAACAGGUGAAGCUUUUAAAGAGAAACGAGCUACCCGCUGAGAAUCGGGCGGAAAGAGAUAAUCCUAGCCACGUGGAAGAGAAGCAAAAGAAUGAAUUUGAAAACCUCAUCGCAUCCCUGAAGAUUGGCGAAGAAGAACAGAGGCCAUCUACAUGCCCCGCGGAGACAAAGGAGGCUACGGAGGAGCACUUGUCCCCACAGUCUUUUGCUUUGAAAGGAACACAAAUGUUGAAAGAGAUUUUGAAAAUCGAUAGUUCCGAUUCUUCAGAGCAGCACAAAGAGGCGAAGAACAAUCCCCCCUCAGCAUCUGUGCAGCGCAAGCAAGCCAAGCAGAUAGCUGUGCGCAUGACCAGGCCUGUUGGACCCGGGCCGUGUUUCAGCGCACCUAACCCAGAGCUGUUACGCCAGCCCCUUCUUCCUUCGCUACCUCCUCUGUCUACGCCGGUGUCGGAGCUUACGCGUAUCUGCGGUGCAGUUGGAAUCCAUCCACCAGAGUUCUCGUUUCUACGAACCCCACAGGGUUUGGCGGUUUGUCAAGUGAAAUUGUCAAAUGGUUUUGCCACACACGGCCCUCAAUGCCAUACGGAGAAUGAAGCCAAGGAGAAAGCGGCUUUGUUUGCUUUGCAGAGACUGAGCACUGGAAUAAACUUCCCGUAUGCACCACCAGCACCGCUGUUUCCCGGCUUCCAAGCUUUAGGGGGCGCUCUACCAACAGGACCGAUUCCUCCGGUAUUCCCUCAGCCUUCAGCAAAUUUAAUCUCCUCUGCACCCCAUGUCUAUGGCGCAGCAUCAUGGAGACCCACAAUGCCAGUUCAAAACAAAUCUUUCUACCCGGGCUCCUAUCCUAGUAACGCACCUAUAGUGGGGCAUUUGCCGACAGGCAGCCAUAACCAGUUUAUACCACUUCAGGUAACCAAACAAAGGGUAGCAGUCAAUAAACAUUCUGACUUCAGGGAGCCCUCAAAUGCUGCCCAGGGUCCUUUAAGCAACGAUCAACAAUCGGUGCCUGACGUCGGCAGCCAGCCAGUCUUGGAAAUGUCUUCGUCCUCUCUGGCAUCUCCCCAGAAUACUCACAACCCGGCUAUGGACAAAGGAGCUUCAUCGGCGUCUCCUCACAGCAAAUCCGCCCCAGGCUCGGGCAACCGCCGAAAACCAAGAAAACUGGCCGUCAAUUUUAAUGCUCCAAAGGGACAAUAAAUAGGGCCGUCUUUAGUGCCCGGUUCUCACCAACUGUGUAAUCUUGCCUUAAUAUUGCUGUCUACGAUAGGAGGUUCUGUCUAGUAUGUUAAAGUCAUUUUGUCCGGUGGCUCUUGAUCUACAGGUUAAUAAUGACCCCUGUGCCCCAUUUGAACAGUCAUUUCACAAUUGGAUUUUAUUAACUCUUUGAGCACUAGAGUCACUUUAGAAUGCAUCUGGAGGAAAAUGAUACAUAUAUAUACCAAAACAGUACAGUUUGCGGUGUUAAUAUUCAAGCAAGACAAGUCUUCAGCUUUGUAUAAUGUACACUCAGUC